AUGAGUUUAGACGAUUCCAUUAAUGCCUAUUUCGUUACAACCAUCAAUGCUCCGGCCAAUGACAGCGAUGAGAAGGCCAUCAAAGACUUCAAGAAGUCAUUGACUUAUUUACAAAAUCACAUUCCAGAGGAGAAUAUACGACAAAUCAAGGCCAGUGAAGGUUUCCCUCUGAUAGCCUCUGGGAGGCUAACCAAGAAAGAUGUAUUUAUAUUCGAUCGUUUCGAGGGUGAUUUCUUUCAACAGCUUCAGCUGACCAAGUCGUUGAUUAUUGGACCACCAUGCCUUACACAAUGUCUGUUGAACGAUCAACAAAUACCACUGGGUACCAGUCCAGUGUUUACAUGUGCCAUGCGAGAUUUGCAGAUAUCGGCAACUGGUAUUACGGCCCAGGAAAAGGAUAAACUAAAGAAUUUAAUCCAAUGGAUGGGUGGGCAUUUUUUUCAAAACUUCGGUAGAUCUGUAACGCAUUUAAUAUCGAAUACCAUAAAAUCAACAAAAUAUGAACAUGCAACCUUAAAUGGCAUCCCGGUGAUGCAUGUCGAUUGGGUUCAACGGGUGUGGGAACGUAGCUGUGCUGCCCAGGUCUCUGCCACCGAUGAAGAAUUCGAUAAAUAUAAAUUGCCCAUAUUUUUUGAAACAAAUAUAACGUGUACCGGAUUGGAUAGUGAGAAGAAAGAAAAGGUAAUGCGUUUGGUCAAUGAAAAUGGCGGCACCUAUCACCGUGCCUUUAGAUCCCAAUUAGUGGACAUUGUCAUUACCGAAAAGAAUAAAACAAAUUCCGAUAAAUAUGCAGCUGCCGUUCGUUACAAAAAAGACAUUCUCUGCCCCGAAUGGAUAUUUGAUAGCGUGCAAAAAGGUUUCGCCUUACCAACUAAACCAUAUCAAGUCAAAUCGUUGAAAGUGUCGACACCAACAAAAACCGAUCAAAGUUUGGCAGAUUUUACUGUGUCGGAUAAUAGCGAUAUAUCACGUAUAAGUACCGCAGGUUCUGGUAGAAACGCAGUAAAUGAUACCAUAUGUUCCACUCUCAAUGAAACAGUAAAUAGUGCACCAACAUUUGUGGCACCCGUUAAUCCAGUCUCCAAAGACUUGAAAAAAGAUCUCUUGAAGAAGGCAGGUUCGAGUGCCCAUUAUCGUAUGGUCUAUGAAGAGAUUUGUCCCAAACAAGCGAAGAAAGCUGGAAACUUUUUAGAUGGCUGUUGUAUUUAUUUGAGCGGUUUUCGUGCGGAGGAGCGCGAAAAGUUAAAUCGUAUUUUAAAUGCUGGCGGUGCAACACGUUAUGAUGUUGUCAAUGAGAAAAUAACACACAUUAUUGUUGGACAAUUGGAUGAUAAUGAAUUUAAAGCUUGGAAAAAGGAUAAUCUAUUGACGGGCAUUCACAUUGUCCGCUUGGAUUGGCUAUUGGAAAGUAUAAAGAUUAAACAAACUGCAUCCGAGGCAGUAUAUCGUGUAUCCCUACCCACAUCACGAGAGCCCGACGCCCCUUCACCCUCAUCAAAGAAAACAUUGCGAUCAAUGAAUCAUAGUUUCAAACAACCCGAUAAACCAAUUAAAAAGAAACUAUUUUCAAAAGAUUCCGAAAAUGAUAUGGACAGCGAAAGUGAUGCAGCGAAAACCCCUAAAACUGAUUUGCCAUCAGAGGCUGAAGAACAUGAUUUGAUUUCGCAGUAUUCUCAGGAAAAUGUUGCCCAGGCACCCGUCCCCUUACCACAAAAUGUAACCAUAUUACCGGAUGAGACAAUGUCACAUCCUAUGGCUUCAUCGACACAAUGUGCACCAGCUGAACCGGCGCCCAAAGCAAAAGCACCAGCUCCCACUCCAGCCACAGCAGCACCACAAGCUCAGAACUCGAAUCUAACAGAUGCAUCGGGUUUUACCAUUGAUUAUGAAAAUUUAGAUUUCUUCCAAGGCAUGUCUUUGUACAUAGACAAGGAACAUUUCCCCGAAGAAUUCUACACUCAGAUGAUUAGUGAAUGUGAGGCGGCGCAGGGCAAUAUUGUUCCAGCCACAUUUCGUGAUCCCGUGGACUAUGCCAUUGUGUCUUUUGAAAGUACUUUGGAUGCAGCGAAAUUGCCUGUAAAAGCAAGGAAUAUUGUAACCGAAUUAUAUGUUGAAAGUUGUAUGAAAGUCAACAAAUUAAUACCCAUUGAAUAUUAUCACAAACAUAUACCCCACACUGCAGACCAACAACCUCUACAAGGCAUGACAAUUGUCAUUUCCAUUUAUUCCCUAUUGGAAAGAGAUUUCAUUGAUUCGAUUGCCCAAUUGUUGGGUGCCAAUGUCAAUAAGACAUUUGUAAAGAAAGAACGGCCGCUGCUCAUAUGUCCCUCACCCGAAGGAUCAAAAUAUGAAGGAGCUCUUAAAUGGCGUUAUCCCGUUGUAACAUCCGAAUGGUUAAUAAAAUGUGCCGAAGAGGGUAAAAAGGUAGCAUAUGGCCCUUUCCUCGUGGGAGAAAGUCCAGAAGAUUUCCCUCUAUCACCUACGCUACGUGAACGUAAUACAACACAAAAUUCAACAAGAAAAACGGUUGAGAAAAAUGCACCUAAAACACCAAUAAAUCAUGCACCACCACCUCCACCUCAGACGCCACAAUCGAUGGACGUGGAUGGUGUUGAAAAUAAUCAAGGUAGUGUCACACUAACCGAUGUGGAUAAUAAUCCCCCAGCUGCCGAUACAUUUACCCCAUUGCGUAAUAAACGAGUUUCUGAAUUGGCUGGUCCGGGUCGAGUAACACGACAAUCGUUAGGUGCCAACACAAGUCUCUCCGCUCCCGAUUCGCCUCACACUCCCACAAAUAAUUAUGCAAAGGCUUCGUAUAAUUUUGAUUUUAUGGAAAACAUUUUGGCAGAAAUUGAAAAUGAAGAGGAGCGAGAAUGUCUACGCGAGGUCAUAAAUGAAAUGAAAAAUAAUCAAACUCCUGAAUUGGAGAGGAUACGCCGACAGGCUUGUACACCCAUAAAUCGUAAAAUACCUACACCCAAAGGUAUACCGGAUUUUUGUACAACACCAGAAUUUGAAAAACGUAUGGCUGAUGAAUUCGAAAGACGUUGGCGUCUGCCAACCAAAAAGUUGAAACCCGAUACACCCAUCGAUGAAAUACGUAAACGUGUGCUAAGAGCUACAUGUAAAGCCAUGGGUAUUCCUUAUAGUGAUGAUGAAGAGGAGAAGGCAUCAAGUAGUCGAAAAUCUAUUUCAUCAAAAUCGAAUCUAGAUACGACUCCGCUGAAUAACAAAAGUUUGCGAAGUGCCUCCUCCAUUGCACCAAGAUCGAUUUUUGCACAAAACAAUACCCCCGAUCACCAGAAGACUGUCUCCACUUUUAAUAUACCUUCAAAUGAAACUAGAAAAUCGGAUACAUUCAUACCCGGUACACAAAGUCCAAAUACAUCGGCGACUAGGCGAAGUAUGUCGCAAGCAUCACCAAGUGGAUUAGGUCAAAGGGCAUCUUUAGGUGGUGUGGGCAAGUCCACCAUCAAUUUUGAUAAAAUCAGUUUUGAGGAAACAAAUUUAGAAGAAAAUCCUGCAGCUACCACUACAACGAAUGCCACAAGCAGUGUCACAGCUAGACCUUCAUUGCCAAUGGGUACAUCACCGGAACUUAAACAAAUUACCGAAUAUUUACGUAAUUGUGAUUCGCGGCGUCAAAGUUUAAAACGCACACGUCUCAGCAGUGAUCAUCAACAGUCUACCGUACAGUCGAUGGAAACGGAGGCACAUUAUGUCCAACCCUUCGAAUCGGAACAAUUACAAACGGAAGAUAUGGUCGGGUGGCGUGAUCCCACUGAAUUUCAUGCCCAACGUAAGGCACGUCAGGUGGCACCAUCUAUGCAAUAUCAAGGUACACCACGUUUCAGUAUUUCAUGUUCCGAUGAGGAGACACGGGAUGAUAUAAUUUCAAAAAUAUUACAAUUGGGUGGUGAGGUCUGUGAAAAUUUGGUCAACUUCGAUCCCGACUGUACACAUUUCGUAUGCGAAAAACCCAAUCGUGGUGAAAAAAUGCUUGGCUGCAUAUCAUCGGGAAAAUGGGUUCUCAGUUUGAAGUACAUCGAAGAAUGCUUUGCCAAGGAUGUAUUCAUUGAUGAAGAACUUUAUGAAUGGGGUAAUUGUAAAGCUCUCAAUUUGCCACAGCUAACACCUGACGAACAGGUUAUUGCCACGGCGGCACAUCGUUGGCGUAAAGAUUUGUCUGGUACCAUAUUGGGAGCAUUCACCGGUAUUCGGGCUAUACUACGUAUUAGUAAUCGUAAUGUUGAUGCUCUGAAAAAUGUUAUUAAAGCUGGAAAGGGUGAAAUUGUUGAGGCCACAACGCCAUACAGUUCGUGUCCGAAUAUCGCCUCCACAGCCACUCAUUGUUUUGUCGAUGUCAAAAAAUGUCCCUUGGAUGCAGAUGAUUAUGAAUUUCUUAAAAAUCAUGAUGUCUUUGUGCUAACACAAAUGUACAUAAAUGCAUUUUUGAUGAAUGGGCCCGAUGUUGACAGGGCCAAAUAUGAAAUUCAUAUGUAAG